AUGGUACUUAACUUUGGUCCUUCAGAGCUUCUACUUGGAGCAUUGUCGUGGGUACAAACACCAUCAAAGAAAUUUAAAAUCCGAACAUCCUUGAAGAAGAAAAACUUAAGGCAGAUCCAAACCAAUAUACAGCAGCUUCAAAGCUCGCUAUAUUAA